GUAUCCGGAGUGGCCGCUGCAUGCUACUGCCGUGCCGCCACCAUGGAUCAUCCUGUCAGUUACUUGGCUAUGGCGAAAUUGGGGGCCACGGAACAGCUGUGGGCUGCCCAACUUACAUAAUUGAUUUUGAGAUCCAGUAUCGAUCUGGCAGGAGUAAUCCGAAUGCUGAUGCCCUGUCUAGACAGCAUCUCCCAUGUACAGAGGAGACUCAACAUCUGUUCCCAGGGGCUGUAGUUCCUAUGGCCAUAAAAUGAGCAGUGCAGGGUGAGUUGAUGACCCAUGUGUGCCAAAUGACUGUGUUUCCCUGCCAUUCCCCAUUCGAUAUGAGGUCGCAGCAGGAAGGAUACCAGUAAUAUUGGUAUUUUGGAGACUAAAAUUGCCUCCUAGUCCAGAAGAACGUAGACUGCAGUUAUUUCGCCAGUGGGGUAGAGAAGGAAGGGGUGUUUCACCCAGAUGGUGGGGAAGAAGCCUUUCAGGUAGUGUUACCAGAGGCCCUGAAGGCACAGGCAUCAAGGGGUUGAGCGUACUACCCAGUUGGUGUGGCAGAGAUGUUACUGGCCUGGUAUGUCUGCCGACAUUGCCCACUGGUGCCAGGAGUGGGAGUGGUGUCAAUGUGCUAAGGACACCCUAACUGUUCCUAGGCUGUACGGUGUCCAAAAGUCUCGCACUACCCCAUACCAUCCGGCCAGGAAUGGCCAGUGCAAACGUUUCAAUCGGACCCUGCACAAUUUGUUGCGGGCCUUGCCAGCUUCUCAGAAGGGAGAUUGGGAGCUUUGUCUUCCCCAGGUGCCCUUCUGUUACAACACUACCCCCACCAAGCCACUGGAGAGUCGCCAUACUACCUGAUGCUUGGUCAGGAGCCUCGACUCCCGGUGGACUUCCUUCUUGGUAGGGUUCAGGAGCUGGUAGAAGGUAUUGUGCACUGGUGGAUCUUGUAACACCAGCAUAGGCUGCAGGUAGCCUUUGAAGGGGCUCAGGAGUGGCUGGAAGUCACGGCCAGUCGUCAUAAGGCUCAGCAUGAUGCGCAUGUUUGCAGUGUGUCACUUGAGGAAGGUCAGCUGGUUUACCUUUGUGAUUUCAGUGUGAAAGGUCAAAUAAGAUUCAGGAUGUGUGGACCUAGGUGGUCUUUCAGGGAGAAGCUUAUAAUAUUGCGCCAGUAGAUGACCUUAGUAAGUUAAAGCACAUACAUCAUUCACUGUUGAAGGUCCGACCUGGUAGGGUUCCUCCCGUCCCUGUUCCAGGUAGUCCUUCAGUUGAACUAGUGUUGCUUCCAGAGGAAGAGUCUGAUGAUGGGGAUCUGUUUGUAUUAGUACCUGAAAAUGAGUUUAGGCAGGCAGCUCAAGCUGUGGUUGGUUCGGUUCCUCAUGGUUCUGAGGGUGGGCAAAUUGAGAUAGCUCAUGUGGAACCUGUGGCAUCAGAGGCACCUCACUUGGUAGGAGGUCAUCUGCCAUCUGCAGUUUACUUCCUCCAGGAAGGUCCGUCAUGGACAAGUGGAGGUGUAGUUCUGAGAACAGGAAGAAGUAUGGCUGGCCAUCACUCUAAUUUGCAUCGCCUACCACGAGCGGUGGGUCAAAGGUCACAAGGGGUGGCCGCAGAUUCUAACCCAGUGUCAAGUACAGCCUCUCUUUGGUUUCGGCCUUGGGACCGAGGAAGGGUCAUCGUCGGGGCGCUGAUGCAAAAGCUGGGGGUAGAUUGUGGCAGAAUGAGGUAAUUCUUCAUUGUGGUAUGAUGUGGCAGUUGCAUCCACCAAUCAGCAGCAACUUUUGCCUAUUUAAAGAUGUUGGUGGUGGAUAGCUAGGGUGCAUCAUUUCCGCUGCCUGCCUGCGUGCUUCCGGGUGUCUGACGGUGUUUAAGGUACAGGUUGGCUUCAUACCCAGUAACAUUUUUUAGCUAAUAGUUUGUUUCAUGCUAAUCGUUCCCUAGCUUUGGGACUUUUUGUGCCUUUACCGACACAUACAUUCACCAUACUUCUCAAGUAAGCUUUUUUUUGGUGCUAUUAUGCUUUUCAAUGGUGUAGUGAGCUUUAUGGAUGGCAAUAUAAAGUGUUUUACUGUGUCCCUCCAUCAAUCCCAGUAAGCCGGGAAUUUGGGACACACGCUGUGGAUUGUACCGUCUGAAAGGGGCGUAUUGUUGGGGUGAGGCCUUCUAACCGGUCCUUCCAGUAAUGGCGUUUCCUAAUGGGCAUGUAAAAAAUUUGGAUUUUCUCCUCCUUGUCUAAGACUCUGGAGAAAAACAAAAGCAUCCAAGAUGCGAAAAAUCCAAACCAUCUUGCUGCUGCUAUGUUUGCACAAGGUCACAUGCAGGCGUCUGCAGAUUCCCGAGCUGGGCAUUAUGGACUGGGGAGAGAGUGAUAAUGAGGGCAACAAUUCCCCCAAAGGACCAAGCAGUCGCACGCCAAACCCUCUGCGCUUGUUCUCUAGAGGAUAUCGCACUCUCAAGAGCAGCAUGAGACAGAUGACAUAUUUGGAAAAAAUGGAGGACUCAUGGGACUGGUUAUCUAACCAGACAGCUGUUGGGGAGGUGCAAAGCAGGACUAAACGCAGACCCAUAGUGAAGACAGGAAAGUUCAAGAAAAUGUUUGGCUGGGGAGAUUUCAACUCCAACAUCAAGACAGUGAAGCUGAACCUCCUGAUCACAGGGAAGAUAGUGGAUCAUGGAAAUGGGACAUUCAGCGUCUACUUCCGGCACAACUCCACUGGCUUAGGGAACGUCUCGGUGAGUUUGGUACCACCAUCCAAAGUGGUGGAGUUUGAAAUGGCACAACAGAGCACAGUGGAAACAAAGGACACUAAAUCCUUCAACUGUCGAGUCGAGUAUGAAAAAACAGACCGGAACAAGAAAUCGGGGAUAUGUGGCUUUGAUGUCUCGAAAACAUGCUACCAGGAACAGACACAGAGCCACGUCUCAUGGCUGUGCUCCAAACCAUUUAAGGUCAUAUGCAUCUACAUCUCUUUUUACAGCAUCGACUAUAAACUGGUGCAGAAAAUCUGUCCUGAUUAUAAUUACCACAGUGACACACCAUAUGCCUCAACAGGAUAAUCUCACCACCUGAACUUGACUCAAACCAACCUGGGCCAAGUAUGCAGCCCAAACCAGGCCCAUUACUCACCAAACAAACCAUCUCCUAAACUCACUGCUACAUCUCCUCCAUACAGUAAGCUCUCACCCCAAAUGUGGCCUGAACUCAAGGCCCAAAUCUAUCACAACUUCAGUCAAAAAUCUGUCUCAAUCUGUCUGGGUGGACUCGCUCUGACGUGGGAUCAAAAUCAUGGCCCAAACCUAUGGACCAAACUUGGCCCCAAUUCACAGGCUGACUUGCUCCUAACCCCGGUCCAAAAUCAUGGCCCAAAUUAUUUAUGUAACACAGAGACCAAACUCUGACCAAACAUGGAAUGACUUACUCCUAACUUCGGCCCAAAAUGUCUUUCAGCACAAACUCACAGGCAUGACUCAAGGACUGACUCGUUCCCAACCUUGGCCCAUAAUCCCAGCCCAAACUUUUCCCAGAAACCAAAUCUGGCUCAAACCCAUGGGCCGGCUCCGUCCUAAGCAUGGCCGAAAAUCACACCCCAAACUAUUUAAGUAUCUCAGAACCAGACUUGGCCUGAACUCCUCCCACAGUUUCUCCCAGAUUUGGCCGAAACUGACUCACCCUGCAGCACGGAGAUCCUCAUCUAUACCACAUGUUCUGCGUAUAUCAGGCACAAUUAAAAACCAGUCCAGAUGUUCCACAUCAGGCAAGACCAUUAGCAUGUGCUUUGGACAAACUUCUGCUUUUCAUGUGAGGGAAAUGGUGGGCACAUGGUGAGCUCUAAUUAAGAGAGAAUCGAGUUCAAGCUAUGUUUAUAUCAGAGGUGUCACGUGCCACGCUGAGGCUGGACGAGUUAUUCAAAGAAACCGUUGCUGCUUGAGGAUGAAGUCCGACUGACAUUUGCUCAGACAAUAAAGAGCAAACCAGCUACUGAGGACAAAACAGAGAUGGAAAAUAAGUAGAAAUUUUUUGGUGUGUGUGUCUGUGUAUGUGUGUUAACUCCAUCAGUAAUUCUGCUCAUUGUAGUAAUGUUGUAAAUCACAGAGAACAUGUGAAGUUGCCAGGAUUUUCAUUGUGAUCUGGUUAAAUCAUCUUUCAGGGGAAAAGAAAAAGUAAAAAUGAAACUCCAGGUUGCCCCACGAGAGCUCUAUUCAUCGGACAGGUGGGUUUAGUGAAUCUGGCAGCCAAUUAACGACACUUUGUCAUGGUCUUGCCACAGUGCUCCGCAUUUCCAGGCUCUAAUUAACAUUAAUUACAGUGAGAAAUUUCAGUUGCACACGCUAAAUGAAGGGACUCAAGCCAAAAAAUGAAAUUUAACCUGUCAGUCAUGCCAGCAGUCUCGGAGAAAAAUAACAACUGGAGAUACUUUUAAAGACCACAUCUUGUUAUCUGGAUUUAUUUUAAACAGUUAUAAAAUGAAUAAAUGUUAUUGGCCUACAACAUAUCAUUACGUAGUUUCCUUAUGUGGCCAAAAAUUUAUACUAGAAUCUCGAUAACAGUGUAGCAUCACUACAUAACAAUUCUGUUCAUUUAAUUUAUACCAGGAAACAAAAUAGGUGAUUUAUGAAUCCUUAAAGUUUUAGAAACGUUCAUGUAUCGUGAAGAGCUAGUACGUCAUGUUACCCAAAUCGUGAUAACAGUAUAAUCAUAAUGUAUUGUCUGGACCUUAUUUAAAAUGCUUUGAGUAUGUUCCUUUUUUAUUGUGAUGAGUAAUGAAACAGUCAAACAUGAAAUUUACACAACCUAAUUUGGAUCCUUAAUCCAAAAAUAUCCCGAAGUGAAAUUGUUUAUACUUUCCCAAGGUGCGUUGUUAGUGAGUUAAUAAUAACGAAACUGUCCUUUUGUUUGCCUUGUAUUGAAAUUUCUAUUCCUUCUCCUAGUGUAGAUAUAAAACGGAUAUUUACCUAAUUUUGAUGUGGACUGUAAAUUAAGUUGUUUGGCCUCACUACGGACUUCCUCUUACUGCAGUAUUAUUUUCCAACACUUUCCUCCUGUACUGUCUGAUUUCUCUGUAAAAUAACACACAAAGGAAAAAACAGUUAUCAGUGUAUAUGUAACAGGUACCGUUAUGACUAAAUCAAAUCAAAUUCGUAUGCAUUGUAUUUGCUUUUAAUACAUUACCAUUAUUCAGAUCCCGAUGCCAGAAUUUCUUGAAAGGACCGUGAUCGUGACUGCAUUCAGACUUCAGGAUGAUGAUGAUGAUGGAUGAUGAUUCACUCCACAGGCUCCUCAGUGAGCUAAAGAAAAUAAAAUCUUCCUCUGUGUGCACACUUGUGUUAAUUGCUUUUGCUUGUCUCAGGCUUUUUUAAUCCUUAAUCUCAGACUGACUUUCUGCUGAAAAAUCAUCUUCAGUGAAAUGAAUUUCUAAAAUGUUUUAAUGAUUAAGACACAAAUCGAGUAUAAGGCAAGAUAGAAAAUGAUGUGUUUAAAAAUUAUGAACUUUUCUCCUGACACUUUAUUUCCAUUAAAUA